AGCCCCGCCCCCGUUGCCAUGGCACCGCGACGCUCAGGCCGGGCCCUCAUGGCGGCCGAGGGGCCGCAGCCGGGGCCGGACACGUCGCUGGUGUCCCUGUACCGCUGGCUGGACACGGUGCCACUGUCGCGACCGCGCAGGAACAUCGCUCGCGACUUCAGCGAUGGGGUGCUGGCGGCCGAGGUGGUGAAGUUCUUCUUCCCCUCCAUGGUGGAGCUGCACAGCUUUGUGCCCACGAGCUCCACGGCGCAGAAAGUCGCCAACUGGGGCCACCUCAACAGGAAAGUGCUGAGUAAGCUGAAUUUGCGCGUGCCGGAGGAGAUGAUCCAGCAGCUGGUCCAGAGCCGGCCGGGAAUGGCAGAGCAGCUCCUGCAGCUCCUGAGGCAGAAAAUCCAGGAGAGGCAGCGGCAGAGGAAGCCCCCAGCGGAGCCGGCAGAGCCGGAGGAGGGCGGAUACCUGGACACAGGUCAUCCCAAUGUCCGAGCAGUUUGGGAAACCAGGAGGGCGCUGCCAGGGGGGUGGCAGCGCAGCCCGGGGCUGUCCUUGGGGACAUGACAGCAGCUGGAGGAGCGAGAGCACGCGCUGCAGCUGGCGCGGGACACGAUCCAGAUCCUGCAGGCCAAGGUGGGGCGGCUGGAGCAGCUCCUGCUCCUCAAAAAUCUCCGCAUCGACGACCUGAGCCGGCGGCUGCAGCAGCUCCAGAGCCACCGCCGCUGACAGGCGACAGUGACACCGCUGCCACCGCGGGGUGGCAGCACCCGGGUGACCCGGGGACAGCCCGGGGGCUCCCAGCGGCUCCCAGCGCGUCCCAGUUCGCCCAGUGCCCGGCGCGGCUGCGGCGCUGGGGAUUAAAGUGUUGGAUCUUGGA